GACAGAGGCUGUCAGAAGGACGGAUCGGUGCCGUGCAAAGCUAGCUCAGGAAAGAUGCUGACGAAUAUCUCUAACGUCCUGAGGGCUUGCGCUCAGAGGAAUGGAGGCGCAGUGGUCAUGUCAGCACGUACGUACGCUGACUUCACAUCCCAGGCUACAUUUGAAAUAAAGAAAUGUGACGUCUACAAGAUGGAAGAGACUCCGGCCACUGAGGUGGUUAUGACUCGUGAGGAGGGUCUGCAAUACUACCGCACCAUGCAGAUCAUGAGGCGUAUGGAGUUGAAGGCAGAUCAGCUGUAUAAGCAGAAGAUCAUCAGAGGAUUCUGCCACUUGUAUGAUGGCCAGGAAGCCUGUGCAGUUGGUAUUGAAGCAUCAAUUAAUCUGUCAGACCACCUGAUCACUGCGUACCGCUCCCACGGCUACACCUACACCAGAGGAGGGACUGUGAAGCAGAUCAUGGCCGAGCUCACAGGGCGAAGAGGUGGUAUUGCGAAGGGCAAAGGAGGCUCUAUGCACAUGUACUGUAAAAACUUCUACGGAGGAAAUGGAAUUGUCGGAGCACAGGUUCCCUUGGGUGCUGGUGUGGCUCUGGCCUGCAAGUUUAAGGAAAACAACCAACUGUGUGUCUGUCUCUAUGGUGACGGUGCCGCCAACCAGGGUCAAAUCUUUGAGACCUACAACAUGGCAGCACUUUGGAAGUUGCCUGUCAUCUUCGUCUGUGAGAACAACAGAUAUGGCAUGGGUACAUCAGUGGAGCGAGCUGCAGCCAGCACGGACUACUACAAGAGAGGAGAAUUCAUUCCUGGUCUAAGGGUGGAUGGGAUGGAUGUCCUCUGUGUUCGGGAAGCAACCAGGGUUGCAGCUGAGCACUGCCGCGCUGGGAAGGGUCCUGUUCUCAUGGAGCUCCAGACCUACCGCUAUCAUGGACACAGUAUGAGUGACCCUGGUGUCAGCUACCGCACACGUGAGGAGAUCCAGGAGGUCCGCAGCAAGAGUGAUCCCAUCUCCCUGCUGAAGGACCGCAUGCUCAGCAACAACAUGGCCAGCAUUGAGGAGCUCAAGGAGAUUGACAUUGAGGUGAGGAAGGAAAUUGAAGAAGCUACUCAGUUUGCCACCAACGAUCCUGAACCCCCACUGGAAGAAUUGUGCAACCACCUCUUCUUCAACAGCCCACCGGUGGAGGUGCGCGGCACAAACCCAUGGUCCAAGCUGAAGUCUGUUAGCUAAAGUUUUUCAUGACCUCACACACUCUUUAAAAUAUAAACCUCCAUUGCCACUACACAUACACACACACACACACAUCAUAUAUUGUGCCUCAGACCCAGAGCUUAAAUUUCAGCACUGUACAUUUUAACAGCUGGGGCCAUGUUCGCAAAGAUGUCCAGAAAAUAAAACAAUUGACAAGAAUAUUAAAUGGAUAAACCUUUUUUAAAAUUAGUGCUAAUUGUUUUGUUAGUUCCCCCUCUUUACAUUACUACUAUUGACACCAGACAACACAACUCUUUAAUCUACCUUCAGAAAGCACUUAACUUUGAACUUCUGAAGGUUUAUAGCAAAUCCAGCCCCAGGUGAAUAUAUUUGGUAGAUGCUAAAUUUGAAUGUUUGAUAGAUUUGAUUACCUCGGGUCACUUUUGAGGCUUAUCCUUGCUCAUCUAAAAACAAAAAAUGGCUUUGUACUCUUUAUACUUAAGUGUACAUGAUAAAUCAUUCAGUUGGGGUAAUCAGCUCUUGCCAUUUUUAAGUUUUAUCCCAUUUUACAGGCAACACAAAAAGGCAGCAAUUUUAAGAGGAACAUUCUUGUUACUAUUGUUGCCAUCAGUAUGUCUCUGCAUGUGUUGCUUUCAAUAUACUGUAUGUAAGAAAGAAAGAGAGAGAAAAAAAUCAACAUUUAUCUUGCCAAACCAAACAUGUGCCUGGCAGAUCUGGUUCUGUUUAGAAAAAAGAGUCGCAGCUAAUUCAAUGCAUCUUGAUGUUCGGAGAUGCCUUCAGACUGUGUUUACAUUCAGUUGGUUAUAUUGCAGGUGCAUUUCUGAGUUUCGUGUCACAAACAUCGACAAUUCAUUUAUAUUUAUUUGGAGAAGCUCUUGAAUGGUGUUUUUCAUACUUGAGGAUAUUUAUUAUCCUAAACAGUUGAAAACAUUCAAAAUGACCACAAGCUCAACCAUCUGUUGCCUGCACUGAACAUAAACGCAAUGCAUUCAUCAGCAAAGCUUCACUAUUCACAUUCAUAUUCCAAUCAAUGAAAGAUGUUGGGUUAUCUAUUGUUGGGGCAGUAGCUUUAUGUGCUACUUAUGUUGUAUUGCUAAAAAGCUGUUUUGUGAUUGUAACAUAUCAGCAGUGAUACAUUAACAGUUCAAAUGUAUAGAGAUACAAGGACACUUUAAAUUUCAGUCGUUAAAUAUCUGUCAUUGGUUUUCUUUUUUUGUUAUUGGUAUUCAUAAGAAGUGUAACUAUGCUUGUAACUCCUUUAAAGGGUACCAGAAGGGAAGGGUCUUUUCUCUGUAUGUGAAAAGUAUUUAAUCAAAUAAGAAGACAGACUUAAAUUUAAAAUGUCAUUACCUGUCUUACCAUUGCUGAAUAUACAGUCUGAGUAUUUGUAAACUGUUACAUUGAAGCAGGCAGAUGAUGCAAGGAAACACUCCAUGGACUUGUUUUAUGUGAGCGCCAUUGUAAUAAAGUCUGUCAGGUA